UAUAUGUUACACCCACAGUUCAUAGAUGAUCCACGUCUGAGGAAUGAUGCCAAGCUGAAACCCAUCCAGCUGCCUCUGAGUCAGUCCAGCAAGAGUCAAACACUGACAGCCACCACAUGUCAAGAAAACCCUCCUCUGUUCAGACCCCCAUCCUGUGAAGCUCAUAGUAGAGCAGGCUACAGCAGGACAGACAUACCCAAACAAAAGCAGCCAUCCCUGGUUGAAGUGCUGCAGGAUCUGAGCCUGUCUGGCAGAGAGGAGCUCUUCUUCAUGCAGUUACCGGACUGUAUGCCGUGCAGAACGUCUGGACAGAAGGUCGAGCCUUCUCUUGGAUCUGCAGCAGAGAAAGCUGCCAAGAAGGAAGGCAAGCCUGAGGACAAGAGGCCUCCACAUCUCCAACCACAAGAGACUGUGGUGAUGGAGGGCUGUCCUGUGCUGUCCCAGUUCCCAGAAGGAUUUCUAGGAAAACUGCAGAUCAGGAAGUCAGGAAAGGUGGAGCUGAAGCUGGGUGACGUCGUCAUGGACGUCUCUGAGGGAGCUGCAUUCUCCUUCCUGCAGCAACUGGUGUCUGUGCAUCUGUCUGACGGUCGGACUGGAGACAUGAUGGUGUUGGGAAACGUCCACCACAAACUGGUCUUGUCUCCUGACUUCCAGGCUCUGCUAAGACAGGCUGCAGCACAGCAGCAACAAGGGCCCUGAUAUCCCAUCUACUGCACAGAAACCCGACAGAGCCCAGAGUUGAAUUCUGUAGGAAUCCUGCUCUGAUGGGAGUUGUUUAGUUUCCACUCUGUUCUCCUACCUGUUCUCCUACCUCUGCUUUGAGGCUUAAAGGCAGCUACGUAUGCAGGUUACCCUCAGUAGCCUUUUUUUCCUGUGAUGGCAGGAUCUGAAUGAUUUUGUUUUUAUCUGUGGUAUGAAGACAGUGCCAGAGGAGACAUGUUUUUUUCCUUUUUGGAAAGGUGGUAUCACACUCAACCCACUGAUCCACAAGGACGAUACUGUAUGUUGUUACCUGAGCACUGAUUUGCAGAUGGAUGACUUCACUUUUACACGUACCAGCACAGUGGCAAGCAUGAUCGUGAGCUUGAGACUAUCUGAAGGUCAUUGGCUACAUGCUGAGUUAGUAGGCGCCCAGGGAAAGAUAAAUGAGUACAUUCACAUCUGACACCAGAGAAAGAGGAUACCCACCCACAGCCACUUGUUAUCAGAGACUUUGGCCCCGCAAAGCCACUGAGUGACAGAAUUUUUUACAUUAAACGGACAAUUUACUCCAAAAUACUCGUACCUAUAGUGCUGUUUCUCCAUCUAGAUUGUUUUGGUGUGAGUUUUGGAAGUCUGCCUUCUCUCCAAUAUAAUGGAACCAGAUGGCACUCUGCUUCUUGUUAGCAGUUUCAUGUUGGAAUUAUUGUCUUUCUUCAUAUCACUGUGCCGAAGGCUGAGCUGUAACGUUAGCUAGCGCAAAUAUGUGCUUCCUUCUGCGCAUUGAUGCAGUUGGUGAGUCUUGUUUGGUAGAAAGUAGAUAAGUCCUACGUGAAACUGCUCACAACAAGGUCUGUGGAUUAUCUUGAGUAACUGGGUCAUGAUUUCUGGAAAGAGACAUUGCUGUUGAGGUUGCAUUUUUAAGCUUUGAGCAUUUGAGAGAAGGUUGAUAUCCAAAACUCUUACACCAAACCAACAGAUGGAUUAAUAGCUGUACAGGUAGGAGGAAAAUACUGUCCCUUGAAGAUGCAAAUGCAAAUCCCUGGACUGCUCAACCACUUACUGCACUGAUGUACAGUCUGGACCUUUUGUAGCAUUUAGCACACGUUAUUGUAGCAUUUUAAAUAUUGUUGUUAGAUGUAUGUUUGUGAUGUGAAUUGUUUAAUUUUUUACAACUUAACAGCAGCUGUAAAUCCAGAUGUUGCUGACCUACAGUGGUUUAACUCAAGACUUUCAUAUAUUGCCAGUCUUUUCAUUACAGUUUCUGGAAGCCCCUUCAGAUAAUGUUUUUGGACAAUUUCAGUCAGGUUUCCAGAACAGUUACAGCACAGAAACCAGAUGUACGGGACUCCAGCUGUGGCUUGGUAUAUAAAGAUUAAAGCUAGUCAUGGCUCCAGAUCAACUCUGUGUCCAUGCUGUGCGCAGCAUCAAGUCUUCAGACACAAACCUGUUGGCUCGUCCUGCGUCUAGAACAGUGGUUCCCAACCUGGGGGUCACCAUAGAUUCACGUGGGGCUGCAAGGAUAUUGUUGUUGUUGUUGUUGAUUUGAAAACUUUUAAAUUAUAGAUCUAACUCUCAGCAUUUUGUUCAUUUCUGCAAAGAAAAACAAACAUUUUUUUUUAUAGUUUAGAUUAUUAAAGACCUGAGAGCCUCCACUCUGAUAAACAGCCUCAUCCUGCAGUAGAGAAGUAUGCAGUUAAAACAACCAAAGAGCUCAUAGAACAAUGAGAAAACAUUUGUCAAAAAGAAGCCCAUUAAGUCUGUAUGAAUAAUAAUGUCAAUAUUCACUUGAAAUAAUAUGCUCAAAUUGUACAUUUACACAACCUUCCUGCAGUUACUGUGUUCACCGUUUGUUUAUCAGUUCUCUACCGUAUAUCGAAAAAAGGGUGCGAGCCACUGCUCUAGACUGUAGACCAGAGCGAUCCGUGGCUCUGGAAUGACCUGCUUUAAUGAUGCCAGGGUUGCCUUAUCAACUUCCUUUAAAUCACUUCUUCGAACUCAUCCUGAUAGUAUUUGACCUUUUAUACUAAUCUUAUGUUUUAUACUUGUAGAUUGUACAGUUUUUUUGUAAUGCAUUCUUUGUUUCUGAAUCUUUUUAUGUGUAAAGCACUUUUAAAAUUGGUUUUGAGAGAUGCUGUACAAAUAAACUUGUUAUUCUAC